UAGUCAGGAUUGGAUCGCCCGGCGCUCGAUUGCUCUGGUCUGGCUGAGUUCCCCGGCUGAUGUUGUGCUUUCAGCGGUCGGUUGGUCAGGUCUGAAAAAAAAAUGGCCUCCUCGGAUCAGGUUGAGCCGCCUGUCCAGAGUGGAUCCUCGCUGGGAAAUGAGAAGAGAGUUCCAAGGGAGCAGCUGAUUGCCACAGCCGUAAAGUUCCUGCAAAACCCCCGAGUGCGCCAGAGUCCCGUUUCCACCAGGAAAGAUUUUCUUAAAAGAAAAGGAUUAAACGAUGAAGAGAUUGAGUUAGCGCUCCAGCAGUCUGGCACUGCCCAUGAUGACCCACCUCCUUUGGGCCCAACAGGUUUACCCCACCCAGGACCACCGCACCAGCUGGCAGUCCAACCCUACCAGCCUCCCCCCUCUCGCUGGAGGGAAUAUGGCGCCCUUGCUGUCAUUCUGGCGGGCAUUGCCUUUGGAUUCCACCAUCUUUACAAGAGGUACCUGUUGCCGCUAAUCACCAGCAGCAAGGAGAGCCGCAAGCAGCUGCAGCGCAUCGAGUCCAGCGUCUCGGAGAUGAGUGGCAGCGUCACGCAGACAGUGACCCAGCUACAGACCACAUUGGCCGCAGUACAGGAACUGCUCCUACAGCAUCAGCAGAAGAUCCAGGACCUGACCCAGGAAUUGGCCGCCUCUAAGGCAUCCAACUCCACUAACACAAUUCUGGAAUCUCAGGGUCUACAAGAAAUUAAGUCUGAGAUUUACUCACUGAAGGGGCUGCUUCUAAACAGGCGGCAGUUCCCACCAUCUCCCUCAGCGCCCAAAAUUCCAGCUUGGCAAAUCCCAGUGAAACCUCCAUCUUUACCAAAUCAGUCGACAUUAAACCAUAACAGCAGCAGCGACAUUUCUCCUGUCAGCAACGAGUCCGGUUCUUCGUCUCCAGUCAAGGAGAACCACAGCCCCGAGGGCUCGAAAGUCAAUUCCCACCACUUGCCCGUUACCCGAGAAGAAGAAGAUCCCGAGAUUGAUGUGCAGAGUCAGGUGCGUAUGGAAGUCCAGGGCGAAGAGGAGGGGGAGGAAGAUGAAGAGGAGGACGUCGGGCAAGUUGACGAAGAAGACUGCAUGGGGGUCCAGACUGAAGACCGAAGAGGUGGCGAUGGACAGAUCAACGAGCCGGUGGAAAAGUUGCGUCGACCCGAGGGAGCGAGCAACGAGAUGGACUGAUGGUAAAUGAUUGAAGUUCUAAGUAUUUCUCCUAGUUGCCCUCUCCCUACACCCCCCCCCCCCCCCCCCAACUCUCUUGAAGUCUCUUUGGGGGCGGGCGAGCCCCCCCAUCAUCUAUCACCAGGUAACGGUGUGAUCUUCUGUGGUACAGUUCUAUAUACGAAGGAGGAGGAUCUUGCAGAGCAGGGUUUUUUUUUUUUUUAGUGCCCUGCGUUGUCUUUGUCCAUCCAGCUAUCAUUGUGUCUGCAUAUGUGUAAAUAAAUAGCCAAAGUUCUGUUCACUUUCACAGCCCGGUGCACUUGUCAGCAGUCAGCCGGCAUGCAAGGAAAUGCGACAAUGGACGGCAGGAUGCAACUUAUAUCCUCAGUUUACGAGAAAUACAUCCCCUCUUCCAAAAAUAGAGAUGAAACUCAGAAACGUUCCUUUGAAUUAAUGUCAAAUCACCCCCCCCCCCUGAUUUGCACACAACAUGUAAUCACCGUUUGGCACACUAUAAGCGUGCGUGCAUGCGUGUGACACCGUCUCCAGACAGACACUUCUCGUGUGAGUGCUACACGUGUGGAAGUUUCCCAGCCUCGUUGGCAAAUGGAGACAUACAGAAAACAUACUUCACCAUUUAAUGUCAUAUUAUUGCGAGUUUUAUAUCUUCUCACUCUGACCAUGACUGUAAUCUUCAGUCAUUUUGUUACCUUAAUCAUUCACGUCUCCCUGUCUUAUUCGCACGUUAUUGCUCAGUAUUGGUUGUAAAUCAGUUCUACAACCAGGCUGGAGGCACGCCAGGCACCUCACUCUUCACUGCCAGACAUUCAGAGUCUUUAAAUACUUGUACUUAGAUAUUCCCCUGUAUUGCAGCAGAUCAGCCAUCAAGAGGAACUCGUCCAACCUUACGUAUUUCAUCCUCGCUCACUUCAUCAUCUUCUCUAGUGAUUGCAGCGCUCCCUGUACUUGUCCUCAUCUCGCGUUGAUUUUUUUUUUAACCUUAUUUCAGCUUUCUGAAUAUCUGUACUGGUACUCCACUGGGAAAAAAAAAACUAAACAGAUUUACUUAUAUAUAAAAAAAAAAUCUUAAUCCUUCCAGUAUUUAUAAGCUGCUGUAUGCUUCUUUUCUUUUUGGAUUUUUCUUUUCUGCCUGACCACAGUGCUCUCUGCUGACACCACUGUCCGUGUCAGGAACUGUCCAGAGCAGAAUAGGGAUUUGCUCCUGCUCUGGACAGAGGUGUCAGCAGAGAGCACUGUGGUCAGACAGAAAAGAAAAGAACUUCCUGUGGAGCAUACAGCAGCGGAUAAGUACUGGAAGGAUUAAGAUUUUUAAAUAGAAGUCAUUUACAAAUCUGUUUAACUUUCUGGCACCAGUUGAUUAAAAAAAAUAAUAAUAAUAAUAAUAAUUCCAGUGGAGUACCCCCUUUAAUAUCCUUACUCCAAGCCUCUGUCAUGAUGUGCUUUUGGCAACUUACAAUUCUACAAAAUCACUUUAGGGUAUGUUCACACAGGGAUAUGCUGUAGGUUUACUGCUGCAAAAAAAAAAUCCAAGUAAUCUUCAUUGAUCCUCAAUUAUUUACAUAGUUUUUUUUAUUUUUUUUAGUAUUAUUUUAAAGGUUAGAAAUGUUGCAGCUUUUUUGCUGUAAGAAAUUCACAACAAAUCCCCAUUUUUUUAAAUAAUUUUUCUAUAUUAUCUUUAUAGUUUCCCAACCACUAUGUAUGACUCCUAUUAUCAAUUUCAUAUUUUUCCCUCCCAUACCCCUUAAAACACAUUUUAUAUUUCCCCCUUAAGGGUCUAUUCACACGUACACGUGAUUAUUUAAUGUGAAGGAUUUUAUGCUUCACAUUUCAAAGUUAUACAGAUUUGUAAAAGUUAAACAGAUUUGUAAAUUACUUCUAUUAAAAAAAUCUUAAUCCUUCCAGUACUUAUCAGCUGCUGUAUACUACAGAGAAAGUUACUUUCUUUUUGAAUUUAUUUUCUGUCCUUCCACAGUGCUCUCUGCUGACACCUCUGUCCAUUUAAGGAACUGUCCAGAGUAGAAGCAAAUCCCCAACCUCUCCUGCUCUGGACAGUUUCUGAGGUGUCAGCAAACUGAACACCGCUUCCAAUCUGCGCAGGAUACUCUACGUGUGAAUAGACUCUAAAGGCCUUUUUACGCAGGCCAACAAGCUCCUGAUCACAAGUGCAGAUCUCAGUGAUCGGCGCUCAUUUAUUGAGCCUUCACAAGACUUCAUCGAAUGGGACAGCCACACAUCCCCUACAUUAUGGCUCUUAAUGAUGAUUUUAUUGGCCACGCAAAAGAUCCAAUUAAAGGGGUACUCCGGUGGAAAACUUAUAUUUUUUUUAAAUCAACAGGUGCCAGAAAGUUAAACAGAUUUGUAAAUUACUUCUAUUAAAAAAUCUUAAUCCUUCCAGUACU